AUGGCCGGCGAACCUUCCUACCCGACUACGCUAAACAGCGUUUGUGACGCCCCAUUAAACUCCCGAUAUGAUCCCAUCCAUCUAACGUCCGAAAACAUCGUGCCGAUCUUCGAACUGCCCCUUGCGCAAGAAAUUCUGGGUCACAAUGUCUCAGAGCAGGAUGCACUCAUGCAGGUCACCCAGGGCCAAAUAUCAUAUACGGACCUUGUCGCUGACAGAGCUCGCGCGGCUCUCCAAUCCCGCCGCGACGAUUUGACGCCGGAACAGACAAGAUCGCAGAUUGUGCAUAUUGGUCUCGCUGCCCUUUUCAGUUUCCUCCAAUCGAACGUCACCGGACCUCCUCUUGACUUCACGCCCGCAGACGUCCUUCUUCCCUCGGUUUUGCGUGACGAUAAAGUUACCCUUCGAGCUGUGCGCGCAAAGAUCAUCCGGGAUCUGUCCGUGGACGGAGAAGCGCUUUACAAAUUGACGCCGAACCCCGAACUCUUCUCUGUCGCCAAGGCCGUUCUUGUUGAUUUGGAUGUUGAUGGUUCAGUUGCGGCCAGCACCGCGCGUAUGCGCGUCAAUUUCCUCCACCAAAAGAUGCUUUCCGAGGUCACAAGCACAUUGCAGGAUGAGAUCUACAAGGAUUUGGAAAGUCUCAUGAAGGCAGAUCUCAAUAGUGAGGAGAGAAGUCGACUGUUGGUGGAGCGAGCGCUCAUUCACACGCAUCAUGGAUUCGAUGCCAAAGCUCGUGCGGAUCUUGAUCAAGCAUCGCAGAUUCGGGGCUUUGAAUUCGCCUUGACCGGCAAGCUCGGAAAGCGGACAAAAUUCCAGGACCGUGACAUCAGCCAGCUUGUGGUGGUUGCCAAAAGCGCCGAAGAAGCCCCCGACUCUUCCAAGCCGUCUGGCCCGAAGAAUCUUGACUUGAACGACGACACACUGUUGGAGGCUAUCUCGUUUGCAGACAAGAAAUCCACCACGGUUGCCGAUGAACUUCCGGAGGCUCUGCGCUCUGUUGAUGCCAACAACCAGCCCAUCCUCAAUCCCGUCGACUCCGCUAUCCUGCUGGCCAUGGCUACCGCCAUCACCAACACUUCGCCCGACCAUGGGCUGACUCGUGAGGAGACGCAACCGUAUGCAGCCCGUGUUCUGGAGGGUGGCAGUUCCAAUUGGCAGAUCUAUACGGAAGCUUUGUUGGUUCGCAGUCGUGUCGAGGGCUUCCGCUCGCGCACUGUCGAGAGAUCUGUUCUUCAAAUGCAGGCACUUGUUGAUCAGGUCCUUGCGGAUACCGCUACAAGUGACUCCGCCGCUCAGCAGCCAGGCUCUGACGCCACUACGUUCCUUCCUCGUCCGGAGAAGUCUGAAUCGGCCCCUGCUGCCGAUCGAUUAGAAAAUAUCUGGCUAUUAAAUUUUGCUACGCGGUGGAGCUUGGAGGCUGAGCUGGCUAAGCGGUGGGUUGAGCUUGGUGGUCUCCGGACUGCUCUUGAAAUUUACGAGCGAUUGGAGAUGUGGGCUGAAGCGGCGCUGUGCUACGCCGCUACCGAACGUGAGACGAAGGCCCGUUCUAUGGUUCGCCGGCAACUGUACGAACCCAAGGGCCCCGUUGAGAAUGAUGAGAAUGAACAGUACGAAGGCCCGGAACGAUCUGAACUGCCAGUGGAUGCUCCUCGACUUUUCUGCAUUCUGGGAGACAUUGACAAUGACCAAAAACUGUACGAGCGUGCUUGGGAAGUCUCCGGGCAACGUUACGCUCGUGCGCAGCGUUCACUCGCGCGUUACUUCUUGGGCCUCACUCCGCCCCAGCUGGAGAAUGCCGAGGCGGCGUACCGUAAGAGCUUGCAUGUUAACCGUCUGAACGAAGCAUCUUGGUUUUCUCUUGGCUGUGUGCAACUCGAACUUGAAAAAUACGACGACGCUGUCCAAUCUUUCACACGGACCAUCCAACUCGACGACACCGAUGCACAAGGAUGGAGUAAUUUGGCCGUCGCGACGCUUCGCUCAACAGCGCCUGAACCAGCUCCCGAGGUUGAGAUUGACGAGAGCACUGGCGAGGAAGUUAUCAAAGAAGCCGAUCCCCACCAGCGUAACCGCGACGCUCUCAGGGCUCUUCUCCGUGCUGCACACUUAAAGCACAGUGAUGCCCGCAUCUGGGACAACGUGCUUACGGUAGCAGCCUCCAUUCCUCCCCCCUCGACACCCUUCCGUGACGUGAUCACCGCGCAGAAGCGAGUGAUUGAGCUUUUGGGGGAAAAGCAGGGCGAGAAAUGUAUUGAUCUCCCCAUUUUCGGCAUGCUCAUCGACUUCCUCGUGACGGCGUUCGACUAUGAAUCUCUUUUCACUGAAGGUGACGAUGGCCCUGUCAUUCGUACAGGCACCAUUCCAGGCCAGAUCCUUUCUUUGGUUGACGAUAACGUGGUUCCACUGAUCACGCACUCUUCUACGCUCUGGCUACUCGUCUCGCGCGUUGAAAUGUUCCGCAACCGUCCGAGUCGUGCCAUGGACGCCCAUGAAAAAGCGUGGCGGGCAGCUGUUGCCUCGAAUGCCCAGGGUGCCUUUCAGAUGGGUGAUGAGAAGCCCUGGAUGGCAGUCGUGAAAGCCACGGAGAAGCUUGUCCGUGAUGGCUACGCGCGGUACGGACCUAUGGAUCAUGAAGAGAAAAAGGUCGAGGGAACUGAUGAGCCCGAGAUGGUCAUGCGCGAUUGGCGAUUCAAGGCCCGCAGUGCUGUCCGCGGUAUCAUGGGCAAGGGCAAAGAGUUCUGGGAGGACUCUGAGGGCUGGGAGAAGCUAAAGGAGUUGCAAAGCGAGGUUGUGGGCAAUUGA